CAGAAACGCGUUAUUUAAGCGUCUACUCUGAUUGGUUAACAGCGGUACUUCCUGUAAGCCGGAAGUGAGCUAAAGAAGUCAAGAUGGGCACUCGUUUGAAGGUCCUGAGUGUGUUCAAAGCGCUGCACAGAACAAGGAUGGCUGUAUUCAAAGAUGACAACAGAGCACUGACAGCUGCAAGAUUAAAGAUCAAUGAGGAGUUCCGGAAAAACAAAAAUGAAAUGUCAGAAGAAAACAUUAAGAAGAUGAUCAAGAUGGGUUCAGAUGUGGAAACUGUUCUUCGAGAGUCUGUGUUACAAAUGGAACAUGUUGGAGAAAAAAAGCUCUUGCUUCGACCCAGAGAGAGCCUUCUACUAGAAAAUGUACCCUAUUGUGAACAGCCCAGGAAAAAAUCAUGACAGACCAGAUGAUUACAUCUUUCUUGUCAAAAAAAAGAGACUCACUGUUACCCAUUAACAUCUGCAAUUUAAAGGAAUUAUCCAAAAUAACAUUUCAAGUUGCUCAGAUCAUCACUACAUGAAGAAAUGCCUGUUUUUGAUUCACUGAGGAUCUCAGCUGUUCUGUUUUAAGAAAUCUGUGCUGUAAAGUGGGUGAUAUAAUUCCAUGUACAGUAUUUUGUCAAAUAUAAUUUAAAUGUUUUCACUGA